AUGCCUAAAUAUUAUUGUGAUUCUUCUUCGGUUAGAAAAGCCCAUAAUUAUGGUAAAAAUCACAAUAUGAACGUUAAAAAUUAUUAUGCUGAAUUGGGUCAAGAUAAGGCACAGGCAAUUAUAGAUGAGAUCACAAAAGCUUAUGAACAUGCUGGUGUUUCUGGACAACCAGGGUUUCCACCUCAGUAUGGGUAUGCUCCUGGUGUUCCUGCUACCGGUAGUAAUGCAACUACACCAUUUUCCGGUGCAGUUGCUGCAACAGGAACAAAUUCACUUCCAUUAUCUGGAUCAUUUAUGAGACAACCACCGCCUCAUUAUCAAUUAGGCUAUCCACCCGGACCACCACCACCUAGGCCACCAUUAUCAUCGCCAUCAGCGAUAGAAUUGAAAACUUUGGGAUUAUGUGAAUGCCUAAACAUAUUCGGAAGUGAUAUUCCAAUUGCAGCAAUUGAGGCUUACUAUUAUGUUUUUCAAUAUGUAACUAUUUCAACAGCACAUUGGCAAAAAUAUCCAAAUGAAAAUUGUUCACAUGUAGUAGGAACUGAUGUAUUGGAUCGAUAUGUAGAUAAAGAAACUGGUGUUUUAAAAACUGAACGUUUAAUGCAAUUACGGAAUCAAAAUAUACCAAGUUUUUUUAAUAGAAUAUUUGGUAAUUUAACAGAAACGUAUGCUAGAGAGAUAAGUGAGGUUGAUCCUAAGAAGAAAGUUUUGAAAUUGACAAGUACAAAUCUUACUAUGAGAAAUAUUAUUAAUGUAUCAGAAGUUGUUACCUAUACCCAAGAUCCUGAUGAUCCAUCUAGAACUAUAUUUAAGCAAGAAGCAAAAAUUAAUUGUGGUGAAUCGAUUCAUAGAUUUGCUAAUCAUAUAGAAGAAUUUUUUGUUCAAAGGUUUAAAGAGAAUUCAAUGAAAGGUCGUCAAGGAUUUGAGAGUGUGUUGGAAAACGUAUGA